CACCCCCAUUCCUUUCCUAUCGACGCAAGUAACUCUGGCUGGCAAAUCCCGACCUUCCGCUUCCGUCCUUUCCAAGACUCCCGUCUCUUGCCUUCCUCCCCCCGAUCGUGCCAUUGACUGCCACCGUUUUAUUGAUAAUCUUCUUCAAUCAUAGCCUCCCCCGGCUCUCAUUCUUAAUCCUACCUCCUUCUCAUCCGCCUCUUGCACUGCUCCGGACAUAUUAGUUGUACUCACACACAGACCUUCUAAAUACGCACACGCUCGCAUCGCAGUCACGGACGCCGACACACAAACGACUCGCGCUACCCACCUUUUUAGUCUUCGUACAUAGUCCUCGGAAGCCGGUCUUCUGAAGCCCUCGUAAAAGCUUCUUCUGGUGGUCCAACUGUGUUCGCCGAUCCCUCUCACCCCUGUCCGUUCUUUCUGGCCUCGAAUAUCCGUACUCUUGACAGUUUCUCCCGUACCCUAUGGACAGCUAGCCCUACCAUGAAGGCUGGAGCCAGAUAGUUGGAACCCCCCGAGACCGAAGCACGAACCAAUAUCGAGGCUGGCCCUGCGUUUCCGACCUUUCUUCUCUUUCUUCAACAUACAUCAAGCGCAUCUUUACACCGAGACCACCGAUAUCAUGGCUCCUCCAGCCAUCAGAGUACCCGCGAGAAACGAGGGCGGCGGGCCGACCGCCACCCUCGCUACUCCCACCGCAACCCAGUGGGCGACGACGACCCUCAAAGUCGGAGGCAUGACAUGUGGUGCAUGUACUUCCGCAGUCGAGUCGGGCUUUCGCGGUGUAGACGGGGUGGGGAGCGUCUCCGUCAGUCUGGUCAUGGAGCGCGCUGUCGUCAUGCAUAACCCCGAAGUCGUCUCUGCUGAGAAGAUUGCCGACAUUAUCGAAGACCGAGGCUUCGAUGCCGAGGUCUUGUCCACCGAUCUGCCCUCGCCCAUGUUCCCAACAAGCCAGGACCUGUUUGACGCAGAGGAGGGUGCCGGAUUUAUGACAACAACCAUUGCAGUUGAAGGAAUGACAUGCGGCGCAUGCACAUCUGCUGUGGAAGGAGGCUUCAAAGACGUACCGGGUGUAAAGACCUUCAGCAUUUCCCUACUGUCUGAAAGGGCCGUUGUGGAGCAUGACCCGUCACUGCUCACAGCCGAACAGAUCGCGGAAAUCAUUGAGGACCGAGGCUUUGGCGCCGAGAUCGUGGAUAGCGAAUGCGCACAGCAGGAGAAGCCCAGAGCCAGCAGCAACCCCACGAGCUCCAUCGCCACCACAACAGUCGCCAUUGAGGGCAUGACAUGCGGCGCCUGUACCUCGGCCGUUGAGGGAGGCUUUAAGGAGGUUGAUGGUGUUGUCCGUUUCAACAUCAGUUUACUGGCUGAGCGCGCUGUCAUCACUCACGACACGACGAAGCUCCCCGCGGACAAGAUUGCCGAGAUUAUUGAGGACAGGGGUUUUGGCGCAGAGAUUCUAUCGACUGCGUUCGAAGCGUCUACACAGGGCAGUGGUGUCUCCUCUACCGCGCAGUUCAAGAUUUACGGAAACCCGGACGCCACCACAGCCAUGGCUCUGGAAGCAAAGCUUCUGACCAUUCCCGGCAUCAACUCCGCUAAACUCAGUUUGGCCACCUCCAGAUUGACCGUUGCCCACCAGCCCAGCCUCAUUGGCCUGCGAGGGAUCGUCGAGGCUGUCGAGGCAGAGGGUCUCAACGCAUUGGUGUCCGACAACGACGACAACAACGCUCAGCUUGAGUCACUCGCCAAGACCCGCGAAAUCAACGAGUGGCGGAGAGCGUUCAGACUGUCCCUGUCCUUCGCUAUUCCCGUCUUGUUCAUCAGCAUGAUUUUGCCCAUGUGCUUCCCGAGCUUAGACUUUGGCAGCUGGCGCCUGCUUCCCGGCAUUUAUCUUGGCGACGUCAUCUGCCUGGUUCUCACGAUACCCGUCCAAUUCGGCAUUGGAAGACGGUUCUACAUUUCGGGUUGGAAAUCUAUCAAGCACGGGUCGCCCACCAUGGAUGUCCUCGUCAUCCUCGGCACUUCGUGUGCCUUCUUCUUCAGCAUCAUGGCCAUGCUGGUGUCCUUCUUCUUCCCGCCCCACAACAGGCCCGCCACUAUCUUCGACACCAGCACCAUGCUCAUUACUUUCGUCACCCUGGGCAGAUUCUUGGAGAACCGCGCCAAGGGUCAGACUUCCAGGGCUCUCUCACGUCUCAUGUCCCUUGCCCCGUCCAUGGCCACCAUCUACGCGGACCCCAUUGCCGCCGAAAAGGCUGCUGAGGGUUGGGAGAGCUCGACCCUGUCCGGCGAGGCCAAGACCCCCAGCCGCGACGGAAACGCAGCAGAGGAGAAGGUCAUCCCCACCGAGCUUCUCCAAGUGGGAGAUGUUGUCAUUCUCCGCCCUGGAGACAAGAUUCCGGCCGACGGUAUGAUGGUCCGUGGCGAAACCUACGUGGACGAGAGUAUGGUGACUGGCGAAGCCAUGCCCGUCCAGAAGAAGAAGGGAAGCUAUCUCAUCGGCGGCACCGUCAACGGCCACGGGCGUGUCGACUUCCGCGUCACCAGAGCUGGCCGCGACACCCAACUCAGUCAGAUUGUCAAGCUCGUUCAGGACGCCCAGACAACGCGAGCCCCUAUUCAGCGCCUUGCUGACACGCUCGCCGGCUACUUCGUACCCGCGAUUCUCAUUCUCGGUUUCCUAACUUUCCUCGUCUGGAUGGUCCUCAGCCACGCACUCAAGAACCCGCCUAAGAUCUUUACUCAGGAAGCUAGCGGCGGUAAGAUCAUGGUGUGCGUCAAGCUGUGCAUCUCGGUCAUUGUCUUCGCCUGCCCUUGCGCUCUAGGUCUGGCAACCCCCACCGCCGUCAUGGUGGGCACUGGUAUCGGCGCUGAGAAUGGAAUCUUGGUCAAGGGUGGAGCUGCUCUGGAGACGACCACCAGAAUCACCCAGAUUGUCCUCGACAAGACCGGCACCAUUACGUACGGCAAGAUGAGCGUGGCCAAGAUGAGCCUCGUCCCAGCCUGGCAGGACAGUGAGUGGCGUCGCCAGCUGUGGUGGCACAUCGUCGGUCUUGCCGAGAUGGGAAGCGAGCACCCGGUGGGCAGAGCCGUGCUCAGUGCCGCCAAAGUGGAGCUUGGCAUCGAAGAAGAGGCCACCAUCGAGGGCAGCGUCGGUGAGUUUAAGGCCGUCGUCGGUAAAGGUAUCAAUGCUCUCGUUGAGCCCGCCACGGGUAACGAGCGCACCCGCUACCGCGUCCUCCUUGGCCACGUUCGCUUCCUGCGUGAGAAUAAUGUCGACGUCCCCGCCGAAGCGGUCGAGGCUUCUGAGCAGCUCAAUGCCGAGGCCAAUUCCAGCUCGAAGAAUACCUCGACAGGCACCACCAAUAUAUUCGUCGCCGUUGACGGCCAAUACACCGGCCACCUCUGCCUCUCUGAUACUAUCAAGGAGGGCGCCGCCGCGGCUAUUGCCGUUCUUCACCGCUUGAAGAUCAAGACAGCCAUCGUCACUGGUGACCAACGCUCUACCGCGGUUGCCGUGGCAGCCGCCGUCGGCAUCUCGCCUGACAACGUCUUCGCCGGCGUCUCGCCCGACCAGAAGCAGGCCAUCAUUCAACAGCUCCAGGACCAGGGCGAGGUUGUCGGCAUGGUGGGCGACGGCAUCAACGACUCGCCUGCUCUCGCGACAGCUGACGUCGGUAUCGCGAUGGCCAGUGGCACGGAUGUCGCCAUGGAGGCGGCCGACGUUGUUCUCAUGCGUCCUACCGAUCUCAUGGACAUCCCCGCUGCCCUCCAUCUCGCCCGCUCCAUCUUCAACCGCAUUAAGCUCAAUCUCGCCUGGGCCUGCCUGUACAACGCCAUCGGCCUGCCCUUCGCCAUGGGCGUUUUCCUCCCCUUCGGCUUUCAUCUUCACCCCAUGGCUGCCGGCGCCGCCAUGGCCUGCAGCAGCGUCAGCGUCGUCGUCAGUAGUCUUCUGCUCAAGUUCUGGACCCGCCCGAGCUAUAUGGUCGACCCCUCGACCCGUACCAAGAGCCGUGGCUUUGGCAUCCUUAGUAGGGUCAAGUCCGUCAUCCGUAGGCUCCGGGGCAAGCGGACACAGGAUCAGGGCUACGUCCCGCUCGCCAACAUGGCGGAUCGGGACGAGUAAGAUGCCAUUGGAUCGUUUCCGAGAAUUUGGGGGUUUCAUUUUGUUUUGUGAAUACAUGUAAAAGAAGAGUCAGAGGGUGUGGUUUGCCUUUUCAGCCGCGGUUUGGAUUGAAACAUUUUCCCCCGCCUCAAUAGAGAAAAUUCCAAGGUCAUCCGUUCUGGUGGUCGGAUCAGUCGCUUUCUGUCGUGGCACGUUCCUGGUUUCCGGCAGUCCUUGAUAGCAUAGCAAUGGGGUCAAAUGAGACAUUAAUUUCCUUUC